AUGUCGAAGGAGGAGUCCAAGGGGCUGCUCAGCCAGGGGAGCGGCGCGGGUUUCGGGGCCACCGGCGGCAGCGGCGACGUCGACCCGGAGAAGGGCGACGCGAACCCGCGAGUCUCCCAGGGCGAGAAGCACCACAAGUUCGCCGCGGGGAAGGAGCGAAGCGUCUGGGUCGACGUCUCCAUCGCGGUCUUCUCCGCGGUGAUCAUCUGCGUCGUCUUCUUCGUCUCCCUCGCCAUCAUGAACUACGAGUACUACCCCACCGAGUUCACCCUGCACACCGCGUGCAUGGAGCGAACCACCAAGACGGCCAUGAUGAACGCGGGAGUCGACUACAACGACAAGAUCCGGUACGCGUACGUCGUGCCCAAGGGCAAGACCAAGAUUCGCAUGGCGCCCGUGAGGCACAAACACGGCGGCGAGCACGGGGUGUUUAAGCUGUCGACGUGGAUGCCCAACGAUCAGUGGGGGUUCGCGAUCCAGUACGAGUCCGGGCGGAUCGUCCACGAGAUGGGACCCGCGUCGACGGAUACAAACGCGGCGAAGGAUCUGCAGGCCGACGGCGCGGGCGAGGCUGCGGUACCGGAUGACGAGUCGUACAUGUUCGUGAAAGGGCUGCUCGUCAACGACGGCGCGUGCGCGGUGCUGGACGAGGAGGACGGGAUCUGGAGCCGCGAGCUCGCCAACGACGGCGCCGUCGAGAGGGGUUCCAAGGUUUCCAGAGUCUUCGGCGGCUGCGGCGUCGGAUGCCCGGGGUUUGCGCAAAAGCAAACCGAGCUCACGCCCAUCCAGCAGAAGCUCGCCAAGGAGGCGAACAGCAACGAUUGGAGGGACGUGACGGACGGCACGAACUGGAAGAGCGAGUCGCCCGACGGGUGCGGAGGAUACGGGGAGCCCGACUGCCCGCCCUCGGCGCAGGAGCCCCCGAAGCCGCUGGGGCAGGUGGACUUCAACGGCAUCCCGACGGCGAACGACGCCGGUUACGCGAUGCGCGAGGAUGGAAACGCGAGCGACGAGCAGGUGCCCGAGGAGUUCCAGCCGGAGAACGUGGAGCCCACGCCGCAUCACAACUACGUCGCCGCGCGCACCGCCGCCACCUCGUGGAGGAGGUGA